AACAUGAUCCACAGCCAGUCCCUAUGAUCUGGGCCUCCUGGAGGCGUUUUGAUUUUUGUUUUUUUAGGAAAAGAUAUUCUCCCAGAGCAUCUUCACCCUUAGUUUGGUUUUUGCUGUCGCUGUUGGGACCACAGACUUGGGCUUUUCCCCAGCUUUAUCUUCCUCCCUUUCUGGCCCUGGACACUGCCGUGUUCACCCCGCUGCUUUCCUUCACCCUCCCAAGUCUGUCUCUCCCAUCCCCCGCUACUCCCUGAGGUGUCCACAGGGGAGAAAGGGUGAGGGGCCUGAGGGGAAAGCUAGGGCGCCCUGGGGGCACUGGGAGCCUCUGCCAAGCGGGCAUGCUGGGGUGCUGGGGUGGGGUUUAACUCAAGUGGUGGAGGUAACCCGAGGCCUUUUUUGGUUUUAACCCCUAUUUAUGUAUGUGGGAAGGAGGAUAUUUCCUGAAUUUUUUUCAUUUUUUUCCAAGCCCGUCCAUUUCUAAAAAUAUCAAACACGAUAAUGUCAUGAGCAAAUGAAGUUAUACUCAAUACAUUUUUCAUGAUGUUAAAAUAACAAAGGACUCGAGAUUGUUGUGGAGUGUUUAAAAAUAAGUAUUACAAGUUUUUCCUUUUCCUGCAGUUUUCAGAAGCCCCCUUCCCGCUGUCAUACACACACGGGCACAGUCUCUCUCACUGGGAAAGAAGUCUCUCCGUUUACAGUUGCCCCUUUUUCCCUCUGGGGUGAAGGCUGGGCUGGCACCUGGCGGGGAGGGGUUGAGGAGGAGGAGGCCCCUGAGCGCGGGGUGGGUGUGCGGCCCUGUCAGAUCUGCGGGUGCCCCCACUGCCCAGACCCCGCAGGGAGGAGCCUGGGACUCGGCGUCCCUUACAGAUGAACAUCCAGCAGCAGCAGGCAACGAGGCAGGACUUAGCAAUAUACCUCUGUCGGGAUGUGAUCACGCAAAGUCUCCAUUUACUGAGUUCAUGCAAGACCCUCUGCACGCAUCAUCUCAUUUCACCCCCAACAUUUGGGCUGAGUAUUCUUAGGUCCGUUUUAUAGGUGAGGAAACAGAUCUUGUAGAGUCAGGAUUCUCACCCGGAUCCGUCCCGAAUUGCAUAGCUCCAGGAGCCCUGGGACUCUAAGGAGCUUGCAGUACAACUCGUGUGUGUACAGAGGCCACCUACGAGGGGGGAAAGCGAGGCCUGUCCCCUGUGCUUGGUGAUCCAGCCGUAUGUCUUGGGUAGCCUCCUUCACCCGCAGAUUCCGCACCCUCACCCAGGCUAGUGCCCGCCCCCCAUAAAGUUGUUAGGAUUGGGGGCCGUGGUCCCUGACCAGGAUUUCAUCUGGACGUCCCCGAGGUCUCUGCUUCGGUGUCACCUCUCGGUGCCUUAUUGGGACCCGACGUAUGUCCAUUGGCUUCUCUGCGUUAUCUGCCUCCCCCAGUAGAAUGGAAGCUUCACAGAGGCAGGGCUUUCUCUGGCUUGUUCAUCCCCGAGGGCCCAGGGCCUGGCACAGAGCAGGAGCCCAGUAAAUGCUUGUGGAACGCACGGCUGACACACCGUCUCCCUCCUUCUCCACAGGUGAGGUGACCGUUCUGGUGGCUAGCGUGAGUGUGCUGGCCUGGCUGAGGAGGCAGAGACAGGGCCUGAUGUCGGAGGCCAUGGACCAGCCCGCUGGGAGCCCUGGAAAGCCAAGGCCGGGAGAGGGUGGUGACAGUGGCACGGAACCGGGCACCUGCCAGGAGCUCCUGCACCGACUUCGGGAGCUAGAGGCAGAGAACUCGGCGCUUGCUCAGGCCAAUGAAAACCAGCGGGAGACCUAUGAACGCUGUCUAGAUGAGGUUGCCAACCAUGUGGUGCAGGCACUGCUAAACCAGAAGGACCUGCGGGAGGAGUGCAUCAAGCUGAAGAAGAGGGUGUUUGACCUGGAACGGCAGAACCAGAUGCUGAGCGCCCUGUUUCAGCAGAAACUCCAGCUGACGACAGGCUCCCUCCCUCAGAUCCCACUUGCGCCGCUCCAGCCGCCUUCAGAGCUACCGGCCUCUCCCUCCCUGAGCUCUGCCGAGGGACCGACCACCCCGCUGCCGCUGGGGCACUGUGCUGGGCAGAGAGAGGUGUGUUGGGAGCAGCAGCUGCGGCCAGGAGGCCCAGGACCCCCGGGACCCCCGGCCGCCCCACCCCCGGCACUGGAUGCCCUGUCCCCGUUCCUUCGAAAGAAAGCGCAGAUCCUGGAGGUGCUGAGAGCCCUGGAAGAAACUGACCCCUUGCUUCUUUGCUCGCCUGCCACCCCAUGGCGGCCCCCAGGCGAGGGUCCCGGCUCCCCAGAGCCGAUCAACGGCGAGCUGUGUGGCCCGCCCCAGCCUGAACCCUCCUCCUGGGCCCCCUACCUGCUCCUAGGCCCUGGUAGCCUGGGAGGCCUGCUACACUGGGAGCGCCUCUUGGGGGGCCCAGGGGAGGAAGAGGGUGCUGGGCGGCCCUGGGGCCCUGGUAGGGGCUCCUCCCAGGCCCAAGGCACUGGCUCUGGGCCACCCUGUGCCCCAGGCAGCAGCAGCUCCUCCUCCUCGGAUGAGGCAGGUGACCCCAACGAGGCCCCCAGCCCUGACACCCUGCUUGGGGCCCUGGCCCGCAAACAGUUGAACCUGGGCCAGCUCCUUGAGGACACAGAGUCUUACCUACAGGCCUUCUUGGCCGGGGCUGCAGGCCCACUCAACGGGGACCAGCCAGGUCCCGGGCAGCCAUCUUCCCCAGACCAGGGCCCCCCACAGCUGUCCAAGUCCAAAGGCCUCCCCAAGUCAGCUUGGGGUGGGGGUACCCCAGAGGCCCACAGGCCGGGCUUUGGUGCUACCUCAGAGGGCCAGGGGCCCCUCCCCUUCCUCAGCAUGUUCAUGGGUGCGGGUGAUGCCCCCCUGGGCUUGCGGCCUGGCCACCCCUACUCCUCAUCUCAGGUGAAAAGCAAGCUCCAAAUUGGCCCCCCUUCUCCCGGGGAAGUCCAGGGACCCCUUCUGCCCUCUCCAGCCAGAGGUCUCAAGUUUCUAAAGCUGCCUCCAGCUUCGGAGAAGGUCCCCAGCCCAGGAGGCCCCCAGCUCAGCCCCCAGCUUCCCCGGAACUCCCGAAUCCCCUGUCGCCACAGUGGUUCUGAUGGCAGCCCCUCCCCGCUGCUGGCCCGCAGGGGUCUGAGUGGAGGAGAGCUGUCCCCGGAGGGAGCACAGGGCCUGCCCACCAGCCCUUCCCCCUGCUCUGCAGCUCUGGACUCUGCACAGCUCAGAGCUCCCCAGCCAGCGUUGUCCACCACGCUGUCCCCGGGACCCGUGGUCUCUCCCUGCUAUGAGAACAUCCUGGACCUUUCCCGGAGCACCUUUAGGGGGCCUUCCCCAGAGCCACCUCCAUCCCCACUGCAGGUACCCACCUACCCACAAUUAACUCUGGAGGUGCCACGGGCCCCUGAGGUCCUCAGAAGUCCUGGAGCUCCCUCCAGCCCUUGCCUCCCAGAAUCCUGCUCCUAUGGGAAUGCCCAGGAGAAGAGUUUGGACAAAGCCGGUUCGGAGUCUCCCCAUCCUGGCCGCCGGACCCCUAGCAGCUCAUCUAAGAAGCCCAGCCAGGGGGCAGGGCGGCGACCUGGGGAUCCUGGCUACACCCCUCUGCGGGACAGACUGGCAGCCCUGGGGAAACUGAAGACUGGCCCCGAAGGGCCAGAGAAAAACGGGGUGCCAGCCAGGCCUGGCACCGAGAAGGUGCGGGGAGCAGGGAGGUCAGCGGAGAGCCCUGGAGACGUGGCGCCUCCCACCCCCCGGCCUCCUGAGGGGCCAGAAGCCAAGGGGGCCCUGCGGGGGGCAGUGGCCUUAGGCACGAGCAGCCUGAAGCAGCAAGACCCUGGGCUCCUGGGGGACCCCGGGGCCCGAGUCUACUCCUCCCACUCCAUGGGGGCCCGGGUGGACCUGGAGCCCGUCUCACCAAGGAGCUGCCUCACCAAAGUGGAGCUGGCCAAGAGCCGGCUGGCAGGGGCCCUGUGCCCCCAGGUACCCCGCACCCCUGCCAAAGUGCCCACCUCAGCCCCCAGCCUUGGCAAGCCCAAUAAGAGCCCCCAUGGCAGCCCAACGAAGCUACCUUCCAAGUCCCCCACCAAGGUGGUACCCCGCCCGGGGGCCCCACCGACCACCAAGGAGCCCCCUAAGCCUGACAAGGGGAAGGGCCCACCGUGGGCCGACUGCAGCGGCGGCGCUCCGGCCCAGCCUCCGUCCCCUGCCCCUGGCCCUGCAGACCCAAGCCAAGGCCCCGACGGCCGGGCCCCGCACUCGGCCAUCGAGGAGAAGGUGAUGAAGGGCAUCGAGGAGAACGUGCUGCGGCUCCAGGGCCAGGAGCGGGCACCGGGCGCCGAGGCCAAGCACCGCAACGCCAGCAGCAUCGCCAGCUGGUUCGGCCUGAAGAAGAGCAAGCUGCCGGCGCUGAACCGGCGCGCAGAGGCCGCCAAGAGCAAGGAAGCGGCCGGCGGGGGCUCCCCGCUCCGGAAGGAGGUCAAGGUGGAAGCCCGGAAGCUGGAGGCCGAGAGCCUCAACAUCUCCAAGCUGAUGGCUAAGGCGGAAGACCUCCGCCGGGCACUGGAGGAGGAGAAGGCCUACCUGAGCAGCCGGGCCCGGCCGCGGCCCGGAGGACCGGCUCCGGGACCGAGUACGGGGCUGGGGCAGGUGCAGGGCCAGCUGGCUGGCAUGUACCAGGGCGCGGACACCUUCAUGCAGCAGCUGCUCAACAGGGUGGAUGGCAAGGAGCUGCCGCCCAAGAACUGGCGGGAGCCCAAACCCGAGUAUGGCGAUUUCCACCAGCCAGUGUCCUCUGACCCCAAGAACCCCUGGCCAGCCUGUGGGCCUCGAAAUGGCCUGGUGGGGCCUCUUCAGAGCUGUGGAAAACCUCCUGGAAAGCCGAACAGCGAGCCGGGAAGGCGGGAAGAGAUGCCCUCAGAGGACAGCCUGGCUGAGCCAGUGCCCACCUCACACUUCACAGCCUGUGGCUCCUUGACUCGAACCCUGGACAGUGGCAUUGGGACCUUUCCACCCCCAGACCAUGGCAGCAAUGGGACCCCCAGCAAGAAUCUUCCCAAGACAAAGCCACCACGGCUGGACCCCCCACCCGGAGUGCCCCCGGCUCGGCCCCCACCCCUUACCAAAGUCCCCCGCCGUGCCCACACGCUGGAGCGUGAGGUGCCAGGCAUAGAGGAGCUGCUGGUGAGCGGGCGGCACCCUAGCAUGUCAGCCUUCCCCGCGCUGCUCACCGCCGCUCCGGGCCACCGGGGCCAUCAGACCUGUCCUGACGAUCCCUGUGAAGACCCAGGCCCUCCCCCUCCUGUCCAGCUGGCUAAGAACUGGACCUUCCCCAACGCGAGGGCAGCCAACAGCUCCGCUGACCCUUUUCUAUGCCCAUCCCGACAAUUGGAGGGGCUGCCCAGGAACCCCAUGGCCCUGCCCAUGGACCAGAAGCGGAGCCUGGAGCCCAGCCACCCAGCCCCUACACCCCAGGGCCCGGCAUUUGGAGGUAGCCGCACGCCCAGCACAUCGGACGUGGGCGAGGAAGGGAGAGUGGCCAGUGGCGGCCCCCCAGGUCUGGAGACCUCAGAGUCUCUCAGUGACUCCCUCUACGAUUCACUCUCCUCCUGCGGGAGUCAGGGCUGAGGGGCUGCGCCACACUAGGGCCCCUCUCUGGCGUUGGAGACCACUGACUGGACCAGCUGUCCUCGUGCCCCAUCCCUCGGGGCCCAUGGGGCCCCUCCCUGCAGGGACCAAGGAGGCAGAUGGAUCAGAAGGUGAAGGGGGUCCCUGACACACCCCAUUACCCACCGCUGCUGUGGAGGGGAUGCCCACUGUCAGCUCAGGGAGAGACCCCACCCUUGGUCCCUUCUCUCACCUGGAGUAAGGCUCGUCCUCUGAGGGCCUGGGGGUUCAAGGUCGCUGUGUCCCGGCCCCCAGCGCCCCCUUGAGGCUGAGCCACCUUGUGGUGCUGGGCUUCCCGCCCACCAGCUGUGCCAUCUCCAGCCUGGCUGCUCCCUGCCCUGGAGCCCCGAGGGGCCAGCCCAGAGUCCCCGGGCCGGUGGAGUUUGGGGGGCGAAGGGUCAAGUUGCCUUCUCUCUCUGUCUGCCCUGGUCCUCCCUGCUGUCUGGAUGGUGCUGCCCUCCCCUGCCCCAUGUCUUUGGGGUCCGUUUGUCUGUCUUUUUGUGGUUUUUUUAUAUUGAAGCGCCUGGCCCAGCCCCCACCCCCAUCCCCGCACUGCGGUUAAUUUAUCUGUCGUUAAGAACUCGGCUGCUCUGCUUCCAGCCUCUGCUUCUGCCCUAUUCCUAAUAAAACGUGGAGGCCCC